AUGUCUGCAUUGAGGUUGCACGGAUGCGAGCUGCAAGAGAAUUGCAGCAGCCGUGAAGAAUGGGACGGAAGCCUGGCGUCCACGCCGAUCGCAUUUCUACACGAGCGAUGUCUGUGGGAGCGAAUUCUGCAACGUUUCCGGCGCUCCAGCGUCUGCCAUCCCGAUCAUCAGCUGAUCAACCACCAUGACACAUGGAAAUGGCGUUUGGGCCAGGAUGCGGGUGAUCUACUCCGUAAUAUAGAAUCGGAGCUUCAUAGCCUUCAGAGGCGACGAGACAAUGAACUGCUGCAUCUGGCUGCACAGCUAUAUUGGCUUGAGAGUCGGCUGCGUAAGGAACAGCUGAGGCUCAAGUCCGCUCUGCAGGAGAAGGAUCGCGUGAUUCACCAGCAACACCGCUCCAUCCAUCGCCUCCUCGUCCUUCAUAACAAAUACUUUGCACAGUGCAAGGAGGACGCCCUCGAUGAUGACGACAGUGCCGUGAUCAUGGAGGAAGAGCAGUCGUGCUGUCACACGGCCAACCACCAGCGUUUGAUGAGGAGCGUGUCCGACGCCCUGGAGUGUGCCUGCAUUCACAGGCGCCGUCAGAAGCAGAGACAGGGAUCGGAGAGAGAGUGGCGGGGUUCACGGACCCCCUCCGACGCUUUUCUGACCGUCACAUCCAAAUCGAAGUCAGUGGAGAACUUGGAUGUGUGCCACAGGGAAGGGUUAUGGGACAGCCGAGGGAUGACAAUGACGACCACGCAUGCCCUCAGCCGAGUGGAUAAUACCCAUCGGAAUGUGACCAAGCCCAAAGAUGUGAAACGGAAGCGCAUGAAUAAGAUGAAAUCCCGCUCUCUCGAGGAGAUCCGCAUCAAACUCCGAGACUGGGUUGUUCGAAAAACUCCGUCCAAGUCGUGAUCUUUCCAUGUAGUUUUCCUCAUCCCCUGUGUCGUAAUCAGGAAGGGCGUCCUUCCAUUACUGUGAUUUCAGAAGCUUGCCUGUGGUUUUUAAAUGUCGG